AUGGCAGCGGCGACUCCCAGGCAGAAGGUGGUGGUGGUGGGCGCCGGCCCCGUGGGCGCUCUGGCGGCUUUAUAUGCUGCGUCCCGCGGUGACGAAGUCGAAGUAUACGAGUUGCGCGGAGAUCUCCGCGAUCCGACCACCGUGCCGCUCAACUUCACGAAGUCGAUCAACUUGGCUAUUUCCGAGCGCGGAAUCACCUCCCUCAAACAGUCGCACCGGCCCGGCCUGAUCGAAAAUGUGCUCCGCGAGACGAUUCCCAUGUUCGGCCGGAUGAUCCACGGCCGCGACCGAGGGCAGCUGUGGGAGGCUGCGCAGGCCUAUGAUGUGCACGGCCGAGCUAUCAAUGCAUUGGAUCGAGGCACUUUAAACAAUGCCCUGCUUGACGAGCUGGAGCGCACUCCAAAUGUCAAGCUCGUUUUCAACCAUAAGCUUACUGGUGCUGAUUUCCGCACCAAUAAGGCCUGGUUUGAGCAUCGCGUCCCCGGCGAGACUCCCCAGCCGGACAACCUCGGUGUCGCGGGUCGAGUGCCUGAGAUCGAGGUGUCCUUCGACUGCCUCAUCGGUGCCGACGGGGCGCACUCGGCCGCCCGUUACCACAUGAUGAAGUUCGCCCAGGUUGAUUACCAGCAGGAGUAUAUCGACACACUGUGGUGCGAAUUUCGCAUUCCACCCUCGGAAGAUGGGAACUUCCGCAUCUCACCGAACCAUCUGCACAUCUGGCCGGGGCGCGAGUUCAUGUUCAUUGCGCUACCAUCUGCAGACAAGUCAUUUACCUGCACCUUAUUUGCGCCCUCGGAACACUAUACCGCUCUGGAGAACUCGCCGGAUGACCUGCAUGCCUUCUUCGAUCUGCACUUCCCGGGUGUGUGCCCAGAGCUUAUCGAACCUGAAGCUCUGAGCGAGCAAUUCACCGUCAGCCCGCACCUGCCAUUGAUCAGCAUCAAGUGCAAUCCCCACCACUUCAGCUCGAGCGUGGCUAUCAUUGGCGACGCUGCACAUGCAGUCCUCCCAUUCUACGGACAGGGACUCAACGCCGGUCUCGAAGACGUGCGCGUGCUAUUUGAACAGCUCGAUAAGCACGGUGUCUAUGAUUCCGACACCAGUGUCUACACCCGUAGCGUUAGACGCCAGGCUGCCUUCCAAGCUUACACCGAGCAGCGCUGCGACGAUACCUACGCCAUCAAUGACCUUUCCAAGCAGAACUACCUCGAGAUGCGGUGGGGCGUCAAGUCACCGCUCUACAAGCUGCGCAAAUCGAUCGAGGAAACGAUCGACCGCCAUCUCCCAUUCUUUGGCUGGAAGACGCAGUAUGCGCGCGUGAGCUUCAGCAACCAACGGUACUCGGAGGUUGUUGAGGCUGUGGCAAGGCAGAGCCAGCUGCUUGGUAUUGGCUUGACUUCCGCUUUGGUUACUGGCGUCGGUGCUUUGUCGAUCUUGAUGUGGAAGUAUCCGCGGUAUUUUUCUCCCACGCGCCUCAUCUGGGCGUCACUGCGAUGCUUGGCAAGCUUCUGGUAG